AUGAUCUGGGUCAAGGAGACCAGAACUCUUCUGAUGGUUCUUCUGUUUCUGUUGGACCUGUCUGCUGGCCGAGAGCCUCGAGGUCACGUCAGGCGCCACGCCCAUCGACACCGCGAGCGUCAGCCGCAGCAGAACAUCACCCUGGCAGUGAUUCUCCCUCAGAGCAGCAUUAAAUACCCAUGGGCGUGGCCUCGUGUUGGUCCCGCUGUGGAGCGGGCCAUCAGGACUAUCAACUCUGACCCUUCGCUGCUCCCCUACCACAACCUUACCUACAUCUUCAAAAGCAGCGAGGACGAGAGAGGAAUCUGCUCCGAGUCGGUGGCCUCCCUUGAGGCCGUGGACCUAAAAUGGGCUUAUGAUCCGUGGGCGUUUAUCGGACCGGGCUGCACCUACACCGCCGCCCCUGUUGGCAUGUUCACCGCCCACUGGGAAGUACCCAUGAUCACGGCCGGGGCUCCAGCGGUGGGCUUCUAUGACGGCUACCCCUCAGUUACAAACACAGGCCCCACCCACAAGAAGCUUGGCCGGUUCAGCCUGAAGAUCUGCCAGAAGUUUGAAUGGACGCAACACGUGAUUCUGAUGUUUGGCGACGAAAAGGAGGACGACCGGCCGUGCUACUUCACCAUCGAGGGUCUGUACGCCGAGCUGAACCAUGUCAACAUCAGCGCCGAGAACAGCGUUUUCGAGGAGAAUAAGAAGUCCAUCAACUACUCUCAGAUCCUCUCUGACAUCCUGAACGCUGGCCGCGUCAUGUUUGUCUGCUGCUCUCCGGACAUCUUCAGGAAGCUUAUGAUUCACUUCUGGCGGGCCGACCUUCCUCACUCAGAAUACGUGUUUUUUUUCAUCGACCUGUUCGCUGACAGCCUGAACUCCAGAGGCUAUAAGCCGUGGGAGCGAGGAGACGAGGAAGACGCCAUCGCCAAGGAAGCCUUCCAGUGUGUGAAGAUCCUUACAUACCGGGAGCCUCAGAACCCCGAGUACCAACAGUUUGUUUCCAAUUUGAAGGAUGACGCACGGAACAUGUUUAACUACAGCAUGGACGACUCACUGAUGAACAUCAUUGCUGGAGGAUUUUAUGACGGGGUCAUGCUUUACGCUCACGCCCUCAAUGAAACCAUGUCGACUUCUGGAGUCCGACCCCCGGGUAAAAACGUCACAAAGAGGAUGUGGAAUCAAACCUUUAAUGGUGUAACAGGGCCGGUCCAGCUGGAUGAGAAUGGGGACAGGGAAAUGGACUUUGCUUUGUGGGACUUGAUGGACACCAACAGCGGCGUCUACCAGGUGGUUCUGUUCUACAACAGCUCCGAGGAGCACCUGAUGCCUGUUCCUGGAGCAGCUGUGCACUGGCUGGAUGGAAACAAACCUCUCGACGUUCCCGUCUGCGGAUUCAAGAACGACAACCCAAAGUGCCUGACGAAAACCAUCACCAUCCAUCAGAUGAUCUCUAUCGUGGUGUUCUUCAUCCUCACCAUGACGCUGACUGUCGCCAACUUCGUCUACAGGAGGAUUAACCUGGAGAAGGAGCUGGUGGCGCAGCUUUGGAGGAUCUCCUGGGAUGACAUCCAUAUGAGCAACAUGGAUAAGGUUCUACGGAGUGGCAGCAGGAUUACACUGUCACUGAGAGGCUCCAACUGCGGCUCCCUGAUGACCGGAGACGGAAACCUCCAGAUCUUUGCAAAGACCGGAUACUACAAGGGGAACAUCGUGGCCAUAAAAUACUCAAACAAGAAGCGGAUCGAGCUCAACCGAACGGUCCUGUUUGAGCUCAAACACAUGAGAGAUGUUCAGAACGAACACCUGACUCGGUUCAUCGGAGCGUGCAUCGACUCGCCAAACAUCUGCGUCAUCACAGAGUACUGCCCCCGAGGCAGCCUGCCGGACAUCCUGGAGAACGACAGCAUCACUCUGGACUGGAUGUUUAAGUAUUCCCUCAUCAAUGACAUUGUAAAGGGCAUGGUGUUCCUUCACAACAGUGUCAUCGUUUCGCACGGCAAACUGAAAUCGUCAAAUUGUGUCGUGGACAACCGCUUUGUCCUCAAGAUUACCGACUAUGGACUGUCCAGCUUUAGAUCGGAUCUGGACUCAGGAAGCGACGCUCAUGCCUACUACGCCCAAAAGCUGUGGGUUGCUCCAGAGCUGCUACGGAUGGAGUCUCCUCCUCCCCAGGGAACUCAAAAAGGAGACGUCUACAGUUUCGGGAUCAUCCUCCAGGAGGUUGCCCUGCGUCGAGGAGCCUUUUACCUGGAGGGCGAGUUACUGAGCUCCAAAGAAAUCGUGGACCGGGUGAUUCUGGGGGAGUGGCCCUGCCUGAGGCCCACCAUCGACCCGCAGUGUCACAGCCCUGAGCUGGGUCAGCUCAUGCAGCGCUGUUGGGCCGAAGAGCCGACGGAGAGACCCGACUUCAACCACAUCCGCCUGCUGCUGCGCAAACACAACAAAGAGUCCAGGAAAAACAUUUUGGACAACCUGCUGUCCCGCAUGGAGCAGUACGCCAACAACCUGGAGGAACUGGUGGAGGAACGAACCCAGGCCUACCAUGAAGAAAAACGCAAGGCUGAGGCCCUGCUCUACCAGAUAAUACCACACUCCGUGGCAGAGCAGUUGAAGCGCGGCGAGACGGUUCAAGCUGAAGCCUUCGACUCGGUCACCAUCUACUUCAGUGACAUCGUCGGUUUUACCGCCCUUUCUGCAGAGAGCACGCCCAUGGAGGUGGUGACUCUCCUCAACGACCUUUACACCUGUUUUGAUGCCAUCAUAGACAACUUCGACGUUUAUAAGGUGGAGACCAUUGGCGACGCCUACAUGGUGGUCUCAGGGCUGCCGGUGAGAAACGGGAAGCUGCACGGCAGGGAGAUCGCCCGCAUGGCGCUGGCGCUGCUGGGCGCCGUCCGAACGUUUAAGAUCCGACACCGACCGGAGCAGCAGCUAAAGCUGAGGAUCGGCAUACACAGUGGGCCCGUGUGUGCAGGAGUGGUGGGUCUGAAGAUGCCUCGUUACUGUCUGUUCGGAGACACCGUCAACACGUCCUCACGGAUGGAGUCCACUGGAGAAGCGCUGAAGAUCCAUGUAUCGGCGGCGACCAGAGACGUCCUGAUGGACUUCAACUGCUUCCAGCUGGAGCUCCGGGGAACCAUCGACAUCAAAGGGAAAGGAAAGAUGACCACCUAUUGGCUGCUGGGAGAGAGCUGCAGCCAAUGAGAGCGCACAUCGGACGGAGGAGGUCGGUCGUUUCCCUGCUGUGUUUCCAAUGGAGGAUUUGAGGAAAAGCAGCAGAGUUCAAGGAGAAAUGUCCUGCUUCUGGUUCUGUCUGAGGAACAUAGACUCUGAGAUGUGAGGAGGCUCAGAUGGAGGCGAAGGAUCAGACAGGAGCACAGCUUCCUGUGUGAACAUCAUAAUCUGGAUUAAUCCGUCAUCUCCUAUCGGACAGAACCAGAAUGUUUCUGCAGACUCAGCUGAUUCUGCUCUGAUUGAGUUUGGAGUAGAAAAGUCAAUCUGGAACAUUUGGAAAGCCUGCAGCGGGUCAGCAAGACCUGGACCUCAAACUGGUUUGGUUCAGGAGCGGGACGUCCAGGAACGACACGUAACAAAGUCCCAGGAAAAGGGUUCAGACCGUAACCGAGUCCACGGGACAACUCCGAAAACCUUAGGAAGUCUGGAGAACUGCUGACCCAGACCCCUACAGGAAGAAAAAAAAUCAGCACUGGACUAAACUCUGGAUCCGGACUCUGGUUCAGGACGCACCGGAUCUGGACUCUGGAUCAGGACUCUGUAUCUGGAUUCUGGAUCCGGACUCUGGAUCAGGACACUGGAUCCGGACUCUGUAUCUGGAUUCUGGAUCCGGACUCUGGAUCAGGACACUGGAUCCGGACUCUGGAUCUGGACUCUGGAUCAGGAAUCUGGAGCUGGACUUUGGAUCUCAACUCUGGAUCAGGACUCUGUAUCUGGACUUUGGAUCAGGACACUGGAUAUGGAUUCUGGAUCCGGACACUGGAUUAGGAGACUGGAUCCGGACUCUGGAUUCUUGACUCUGGAUCUAGACUCUGGAUCUGGACACUGGAUUCUGGAUCCGGACUCUGGAUCAGGACACUGGAUCC